AUGCGCCUAGGGUUUGCAGAUCCCCUUUCUGCGCCCUUCCUUCGGGUGCUUCGACGAGAGUGGGAUGAACGGAAGACAGUGGCUGGAGAGGGGGUGAGGUCGGGUCGCCGUGGUCGGACUGAUGGGCUCGGUGUUUCAAGCUGGAUUCAAGGUACGCUCGAUUGGUCCUUGUGGCUAUCUCGCCGUCGAUUGAUACGGUUCUGUUCCGCCGGAGUUUUGGCGACUGUAAGAGGUGAGUUGUGUUGGCUGCCUUCUACGGAUGCCAAUUUGUCUCGUUUAGUGCCUCAUUUGUCCAACAAGAAUUGA